AGACGGGGAAGGCGCCGCCGGAAGAGGGAAAUAGUAAAACCCUCCGAAAUCCCUCGAUCGUUUCAGCCUCUUUUUUCCUUCUUCUCCGAUUCCCUUCCGUUGCUCGAUCUCCGAAUGGCUUCCGCUCUUACCCGCCUACUCCGCCGGCCCGCCGCAGCUCUACUUGUUGCAAGAAGUUGUAGACAUGUGAAGCGCUUCGGCCAUCAAAUUCUUCUUCCAGGUGGUUCAGUAUGCUCGGAGACUGCAAGGGAAUUUGUGAGGUUCAUCCCCAGGGCCUCUCUUUACCAAAUAUGGAGUAGGUCAUUUUCUUCUGAGAAUGGUGACUUGGUUGCCGCCGUAGUUCCAUAUAUGGGUGAAUCUAUUACUGAUGGGACCUUGGCAACCUUCUUAAAAAAACCUGGUGACAGGGUUAAUGUUGAUGAACCAAUUGCCCAAGUUGAGACUGAUAAGGUGACGAUCGAUGUAAAUAGUCCUGAAGCUGGCAUUAUCCAAGAGUUUAUAGCCAAGGAAGGUGACACUGUGACACCAGGAACCAAAGUUGCUGUGAUAUCCAAGUCUUCUUCCGGCGAUACACAUGUUGCCCCAUCAGAUGAUAAAGUGGUGAAGGAUGCUCAACCACCAUCUCCUCCUACACAGACUCCACCACCUACUCCUGCAGUAGAGAAAAUUGACAGACAAAUGCCUAAGGGAGAAAUUCCUGCCAAAGAAAAACCUAAAGCAUCCUCACCUUUACCUGCGAAAACCUCACCUUUAGAACCCCAGCUACCUCCCAAGGAAAGGGAAAGACGAGUUCCUAUGCCAAGGCUCAGGAAGAGGGUUGCUACGCGUCUAAAGGAUUCUCAGAACACAUUUGCAAUGCUAACUACAUUCAAUGAAGUUGAUAUGACAAAUCUGAUGAAGCUCCGGUCUGAAUAUAAAGAUGCGUUUGCAGAAAAGCAUGGUGUGAAGAUGGGUCUCAUGUCAGGUUUUGUUAAGGCUGCUGUUUCUGGACUUCAAAACCAGCCAAUCAUCAAUGCAGUCAUUGAUGGGGAUGACAUUAUAUAUAGAGACUAUAUUGAUAUCAGUAUAGCUGUUGGCACACCAAAGGGUCUUGUGGUUCCAGUUAUCCGGAACGCUAAUGGGUUGAAUUUUGCGGAGAUAGAGAAGGAGAUUAAUACGCUUGCAAAGAAGGCAAACAAUGGAACAAUAUCAAUUGACGAGAUGGCAGGAGGCACAUUUACAAUUUCUAACGGUGGAGUAUAUGGGUCUCUUCUGAGUACACCCAUAAUCAACCCCCCGCAGUCUGCCAUCUUAGGCAUGCACUCCAUAGUGUCCCGUCCGAUGGUGGUUGAUGGUAAUAUCGUCCCAAGGCCGAUGAUGUACAUCGCUCUGACAUACGAUCAUAGACUGAUCGACGGCAGAGAGGCAGUAUUCUUCUUGCGCCGUAUCAAAGAUGUGGUCGAAGACCCUCGUCGGCUUCUUCUCGACUUGUAAGAGGGCACCGCACCACACGUUCAACAAGGAUGGCACUUCAGUCCUCUUCUUUUUGUUACUAAAAUAAUUUUCCACCUAAAACAACAAUUUUGAUCGGCUGCUUGUUCAUCAUUUCGAGUGAGUUUGUUUGCAGGUCUCUUCCAGACCAAUGAAUCACGUGAUGAUCAAUUCACAAACUGUUGAAGUUGCCCUAUUUUCAUUUUACUAGUUAUUGAAUAGUAAAGCAAUCACUAUAUGCUGUGUAACUGAAAACACAGGGUUCUCCCAAUACAUUAUUAUUGGUAAAACAUGGUGGAUUUAUUUGUUCUGCUUUCUUUUCA